AUGAGAAAAGUGGUACAACACGAAAAACCUGAUAUUGUAUUGAACAUUCACGAGCUUCUGCAUGGUAAUGAGCCCAUCGAAAAUCUCAAAACAGAUUCGAUCUAUAACCAAUACCAAAACAACAUCGAUUUUAUCAGCAGUUACGCGAGAUAUAUAGUUAUUGAUAUGCCAUAUUAUCACCAUAAUUUUGGUAUUGCCGCAGUUCUUGCGAGGAAGCUUCAACUUGGCCUUCCUCUUGGUAACGAGUUUGUGGGGACCUGGAAGGACUAUAUCAAACAAACGCAAUAUAAAAGAAAACGUAUAAGCUCACUAGUGUGCACAAAAUGCAUUAUCAACGAUGUUAGUCAGGGACUAUUUCAAAAUGGCACCUUCCUCACCUACGAUCCAGAGACCUUUCUUGCACGAAUCUCAGACAACAGACACCUUACUCCCGUCGGUCUUGAACUACUGCGGCCGUUGUAUACAAGGAUUCUGGAAAAAUUGCUAAAAGAACUUGAUAAAUAA